AUCUACAAAAUGAGUCGAACAUAAGUUUAGGGUUUGAAUUAUGCAUCUGAACUAGGUCGUUAAUAAUAAAAAAGAUCAUAUUAUUGCAUUGUUUGCUGCUAAGUUCCAACGACGCCGAUAACAGCUAGGAAUAAUAGAUCAACCAUAUUUCGGUGAGUUGGACUGUUGGAGGCUCCUGUUACAAUAUAGUAUGGAAGUCACAAAAGACCUAAAUUCAAACCCGGGUCAGAUCAACGAUUCAGAUUCAGAUUCAGAGCUCGAACUCUACACCAUUCCAAGCUCUUCCAAAUGGUUUGUGUGGGACGAAAUCCACGAAAUGGAGGAAACAGCGUUCAAGGAAUUCUUCGAUGGAAGCUCGAUAUCGAGAACGCCGAAGAUAUACAAAGAAUACAGAGACUUCAUCAUCAACAAGUACAGGGAAGAACCCUCGAGGAGGCUCACGUUCACCGAAGUGCGAAAAUCGCUGGUGGGUGACGUCACGUUCCUGCACAAGGUGUUUCUGUUCUUGGAGAAUUGGGGUUUGAUCAACUACGGCGCGUCUUCAGGUGUGGACGCGGAGGAUGAGGAAGAGGAGGAGGAGGAGAGGUGCAAGGUUAGGGUUGAGGAAGGAGCCCCCAAUGGGAUUCGGGUGGUGGCGACGCCGAACUCGUUGAAACCCAUUUCCUUGCCUCGCAAUAACCCGAAAACUGGUGGGAAUUCGGGUGGGGCUGGUCUCAAAUUGCCGCCUCUGGCGUCGUACUCGGAUGUUUAUGGCGAUUUGAUACGGCGGAAGGAGUUGAAUUGUGGGCUUUGCGGUGAAAAAUGUGGUUCUGGACACUACCAGAGUACCCAGGAUAAUUUCAUUAUUUGUACAAAAUGUUUCAAAAAUGGGAAUUAUGGGGAGAAAAGGUCCAUGGAGGGUUUCAUAUUAGUUGAGUCAAGUGAAAAUAGCGGCAAACACGGCACUGUCUGGACUGAGGGAGAAACUCUUCUCCUUUUAGAAUCUGUUUUGAAGCAUGGGGAUGAUUGGGAACUUGUUGCUCAAAGUGUUCAAACCAAGACUAAACUUGAUUGUAUCUCAAAGCUUAUUGAGCUGCCCUUUGGGGAGCUCAUGUUGGGCUCUGCCCGCAGAAAUGGUGGCAGUAAUAGUAAUGGCACCAUGAACAGUGCAAAACAAGUUCAGUCUUCAUCUGAUCACCAAGAAACUUCAAAGACAGAGGACCAAUCUCCUAAGCUUACAAAUGAAAACGAGCAGAAUGGAGAAGCUGUGAAGGAAAGUCCUUCAAAAAGACAGCGCGUUGCUGCCCUUUCAGAUUCCAGCAGUUCACUGAUGAAUCAGGUGGGACUGAUUUCGACCGUGGUUGACCCUCAUAUCACAGCUGCCGCUGCUGAUGCUGCUAUAACAGCACUUUGUCAUGAAAAUUCAUGUCCAAGGGAGAUAUUUGAUGUUGAAGAGGAUUAUGCUUCUGGUGCGAACUCUCUGAAUAGUUAUUCAGCAAGGGCCCUUGAGGGUGAAGGUUUAGAGAUGGAGAGGUCCACUAUGUCAGAAAUAGAUGACAGAUUCCCCAAGGAUGACAUGCCAUUGACACUGCGUCUAAGAGCUGGCAUUGCAACUGCUCUUGGAGCUGCUGCUGCUCGCGCAAAGUUGUUGGCGGACCAGGAAGACAGAGAGAUUGAACAUUUAGUAGCAACUAUAAUUGAUUCACAGAUCGAGAAAUUGCAACAAAAAGUUAAACAUUUUGACGAUUUGGAGCUGUUGAUGGAAAAGGAACACGCAGAAAUAGAAGGGCUUGAAGAUUCUAUCUUGACUGAACGGAUUGAUGUUUUACGGAGGACAUUUAAAUCUGGAAUCACAAGAUGGAAGGAUUAUUCUUGUCUGAAAUCUUAGCGAGCAGUGUUAGAUUAUUGCUAACAUUAUCAUCACAAGCUACAAGGCAAUUAAGAAUGAACUAAAGCAGAGUCCAUGAACCAGUCCCGAGUCAUCGAUGCUCUUUGCAGUCAUACGUUAUCCGGUUUGUCGUACAAGGUCAGCUUCCGUUAUCAUUGCAACUAGUGUAGCCUCCUAGCGUAUUGCUCAAACCCUGUUUUCUGUUUUUAUUGAAAUUAUAAAAAUAUUAAGUUGUUCUUAUUUUGUUGUAUUUUCAAACUUCUGUGCAAAAAUAAAAAUAUUAAAAUGAAAGCAAAAUGACGUUUUUAUCAUUUCUUUCACAAAAUUUUAAUAUAAGAAUUUACCUACACCAAAAAAAUAUUCCGGUUUGUGUGUUGUGAACCAAGAUGGAUACCUCAGGCUCAUACCCCCCCAGGUUAUAAGCAAGCCACUCCUCGUAGGUACUGAAUCGCUAACGAAUAUCUUAGCUCUGACCCCAAGGAGUAACCAUCUGAUUGUUGAGGGCCUUUCCAAUGCCACACCAAAUUGCAAUUAAACAAGUUUGUUUGUCCUAACUUAGGAUGAGUGCAGUUGAAAGUGGAUUUAACCGAGGUAACGUUAUUACUAGAGUGGAAGGGGGAACACGCCCUGGAAUAAGACUACUAGCCUCCUCAUAUAUCAAGUGCUGAAACAAUAGCCAAUUCCAAUCUUGAAGAAGUGCAAUCCGCAACACACCAAUGGAGCGCUUCAAUCGGUACAGGUCCAUUGGCCAUGGACACAACAAAUUAUCUACAUGGGGAAUCCACUUGUCCUGCUAAAACCUGGCGUUCCUCUCAUCUCCUAGUAGAAUUCUGGAUCCAUUCUCGAUGAAUCUCCACGAGAAAUAAAUUUUUGGUACUAUUGUUGUACUUAAAUUCAGUGCAUUUCAUCAAUGAGAGCAUUCUAACGUUGUUGUUGUUGUUGUUGUUAUUUAUUUAUUUAUAAAAAAAAUAAA